UCACAUGCAAUGCCUGAAAGCAGUCUUCCAAGUUCGGCUGGCCAUGUAGAAAAAUCUUUCAUAGAAUGAUCUUGAGUCUUUUGCUAGGACUUAGAACUUAGGAAAACUUCUUCGCUUUAGCCUUACACAAAUUCUUGGACUGAUACCCAGGACUGCAUCGUUAUAAUUUCGCGAUCUAUAGAACGUUGACCUGGCUUGACUCGACUCCUAGUUGAUCAUUGACAUCUGCAAGAGAAACAAAUAUUUUGGCGGCGAUGUUGAGCAUCAGAGGAGCGAUCUUUGCUUUCCUGUUCGUACUUGGGGAAGCCCUAUCGGACGAUGUUUGGUUCCAGCAGCCGAAUUUUGCCGGGGCCAUGCGCCUUCUCGGGGAAACUCGCCGUUUGGAGCCGCAGAAAACUGCCGAAGCUCUGCGGGUGUGGAAGGAGGCGACUUGGAAGAAGGCGAUCGCUGCCUACAAUGCCGCCAAUGAGCUGUCAACGUCGGAAGACAUGGCCGUCCCGUCUUACAACGUGUCGGAAGCUUGUAGGAACGCGACUUUCCGGUGCCAAGAAGAUAUGCUAGCAGGGAAGAUGUACGCCUUACAAAUGUUCGAUGCAGCAGGAAAGUUGCCGAGUGGUUUUCUGGAGGGGAACUUCAACUGGUGGGGCCUGUACACCCAGUGUGCCAACAUCACAGCCAAGGCUUCUGGGGAAAACAUCAACUUCGAUGCCAAGUACUGGACUGCCACCAUCGGACCAGUUCUCUCGGUAUGUGCUUGUUUAUUUUAUAAUGUUAAUUUUUAUAUUGAUUUGCUGAUAAUGUUAUGGAAAAUUCUAUAUUCUUUUAAGAUGAGACUGUAUUAGUUUUAGAGUUUCAAGUGCAGCCUAUUCUCAUAAUUCACUAAGUACACCAUUACUUACAAAGGGAGGGGGUGAAAUUGUAAUAUUGUAACAAUCUGCUGCUUAACAAAUCUAUUGUACAGUAUUACAUUAAAAUUUGCAUUCAGAGGCCAGAAUUUUUCAUUGCUAAGUGACAUGAUUAGCAACAUUGGCUUGUUCUAAGGCUUGUCUGUGUUGAGUUCUUGAAUAUAAUUCCCCUUGAUCU